AUGCCAAAUAAUCGGCGGUACCUUCAGCGAAAACGAAACUGUCAUCGAAAUUGCCAGCACUUUCAACAGCGAAAACAAAUACUGCACCAUCAUUCACUUUCAACCAAAUACCUCAGACGUUACGACGACCUACUACAACUGGUUGUGGUUAUCGCAGUUAUUUUACUAAACAGUGCAGCUGGGAACAAAGCUACAGCAUCAGCCGCACAAGUGGUUGCUGCAACAGAAGCAGGACCCACUAGUGGUGUGCUCUUUGAUGAUAUUAGAAGAAAUGACAAUGAAAUUAUCAGCAACCUUAUUGAAAGUCCUUUGACCACUGGCACUGCCUCUGGCAGUGGCACUGGCCCCGGGAGCAGUGGAACACAACAUCGCAAUGGAUUACACACACCGUUUUCUUCAUUAGAUAAAGAAGUAGUUGAUCGUAUAAUUAAACAAUGGGCACCAAUUGUAUGGUUGGCACCAGAGGAGAAAUUUAUGCCACUUGGAGUUGAAGAAUUUCUUAACCAUGUACAUCCCAUGGAUAAAGGCAAAACUUUUAUACCUGGCAUGCCAAUUGGCGAUGAUUCGAAAAAGGCAUAUUUAGUGACAAAUACGGAAGUCGACGAGCUCUUGGAAAAUGAAAAAUCCUUUAUCUAUGGACGUAACCCAAACGAAUCGCCUGUACCAAUUUACGCCGUAGUUACGCUUUGUAAUGAGGCAGUAGAGGCAUCUACCUUAAAGUCGUCGGCUUCGCCAACAGUGCACCCUGCCCAAUUUAAUAUUUCUCAACAAAAACCAAUAAAAAUAACCGGCUCACAGAGAUUCGUUCCCGGUGGUAGUGCAACAUCUAAUUUUCAAAGCCCGCCCCUGUCAUUGCUGGCAGUAAGUAGCACACGCGGACCUUACAUACCGGUUUCCAUUGAUCCACUGUAUGAACGUAAUGACACCGUGCGCCGUUCAUCGCGUCUUUAUCCAGAAUUCAAACGCGUCCGACGGAAUACUCUACACAACAAUUUACCAUUGGAUUCGCCUCCUGCGCUGUCACCACCAAUUUUGCUCAAUUUACCGCCAAAAGGAUUAGUGGUAGAACCCUAUGACGAUCUUGUGCUGGGCGAAAGUCACCCCAUUGAUGUUGAGAAAUCAAAUCAUGUAAAUGCACCGAGUACAGAUGCACCAAUCAAAGCAGACAGUAGCGGGAAAGUGAAUAAUUUCAUAGCUAAUUUGGCAGACAAUGUAAAAUUCAGUAUGCCAACCCAAGAGCUUUUGGAGGAUUAUAACAACGAUAUAGAUAGCAAUUUCGCAACAGAAGGACCACUUUUCAUUGAUGCCAAUAACCAAAGCAAUAGAAAGAGACGUAAAAAUGUACCUAGCUUUCAUGUGACUUACUGGAUGUUUUAUCCGUAUAGUCAGGGCAAAACUAUGUGCACGCUAAGCCUAGGACCACUCGGUAGCAUUCCGUUUCCAGCAGUUUACGGUUUCUGUUUGGGGCAUCGCAAAGAUAUUGGCAGUCACAUUGGGGACUGGGAACAUAUGAGUUUAUAUUUUACUAGUGGUGCUGAACCAGAAGCAAUGUACGUUUCAGCACACGACGCAGGUGCAUACUACUCUUACAAUCGGUUAACCGGUUCAUUUGAAUUUAAAAAACAAGAAACACGCAAAGGCAUAUUACAAAGACCAAAUUUUCCAAAAACUGUUACCACAUUUAAUAAUCAUCCAGUACUCUUUGCAGCAAAAGGUUCCCACGGCCUUUGGACUGCACCAGGAAAACAUCGUUUUGUCAAAGUAGCUCGACUGUAUGACAUAAACGGUUUUGGAACACCUUGGAAUACGUGGAAAUCGGUGGAUAUUACUUAUAAAAAUUUAAAAUCCUAUGGACGCGCCCUGGUACCAUCAUGGCUGUCAUUUAAGGGUAAAUGGGGCAAUCCUAAGAGCAAAUGUCAUCCAUUCCGACGAAUCGGUUUGAAUUUUUGCGAGUAUACAGAUGGUCCCACGGGUAUACCAUUAAAAGAGCCGCAUUUCCAAUGUGAUGCAGCUUAAUUUAAUAAUGUUGUUUUAUGUUUAAGA